AUGGCACGAAUAUAUUUGGCCCGCAAUGAUAUUAUAACCUGCUCAUUGAUUAGACGAACCACCAGCAGAACCAUAACCGCAACAUAUCCUAUAUGCAUUCACCGUCUCACAUCCUCUAUCAAGACUUCAAAUCUCAGAUUCGCAUCGACGAUAUCCACACCACCACUGCUCGACCUUCGAGCCAUUGAUCAAAAAUGGCAGGCAAGAUGGCUAGAAGCCGAGUCGCGAAAGGAAAACGAAAAGUGCUCAGGAGUCGGAGCGAGGGAUAACCAACGACCGAAAUCAUAUAUUCUUUCCAUGUUUCCGUACCCGUCGGGAACUUUACAUAUGGGUCACCUGCGAGUAUAUACUAUAUCGGAUGUGCUAUCUCGGUUUUAUCGCAUGCGGGGACAUGAUGUCUUACACCCAAUUGGUUGGGAUGCUUUCGGGUUACCAGCGGAGAAUGCUGCUAUUGAACGAGGGAUAGAACCAGCGGAGUGGACGGCGGCUAAUAUAGAACGCAUGAGGACACAACUUAGGAGUAUAGGGGCAGGUUUCGACUGGGAUAGAGAAUUGAUGACAUGCUCGCCAGAAUUCUACAAGCAUACACAGCGCAUAUUCUUGAUGCUUUAUGAGAAGGGGUUGGCAUAUCAGGCAGAAGCGUUGGUCAACUAUGAUCCUGUAGAUAAAACGGUUUUGGCAAACGAACAGGUUGAUGCUAAUGGAUUUUCUUGGAGAUCUGGUGCCAAGGUCGAACAGCUUAAUCUAAAGCAAUGGUUCUUUCGAAUAACAGAUUUCAAGGAAGCUUUGCUAAAAGACCUUGACUCUCUGUCAGAAGGUUGGCCAGAACGCGUCUUGUCCAUGCAAAAGCACUGGCUGGGGAAGUCUUCAGGCGCGAAAAUCACAUUUGGAGUGACAGCUGGCGGCCAGAAGCAGGACAUUCAGGUCUUCACAACACGGCCUGAUACUCUCUACGGAGUCGAGUAUAUUGCAUUAUCUCUAGACCACCCUCUUGUGCAAGAAGCAGCAAAGUCGGAGCCUAGUCUUCGAAAAUUUCUCAACGAAGCUGUUUCUUUUCCGUCGGAUUCCAAGGCAGGAUAUCGCCUGAAUGGUGUAUAUGCUUCUCAUCCGCUGCACAUAAUAGAUAAAGAGAGUCCUCAUGUAUCUAGAAAGCUACCUGUCUUUGUGGCUUCUUACGUUCUGAGUGGCUACGGAGAAGGCGCCGUCAUGGGAGUUCCGGCCCAUGAUACGAGAGACCUGGCUUUUUUCAAGGAAAACAUGCAACCAGAAUUUAUUUCAAUGGUUAUUCAACCAGAUUCAACAAUCCAGGACGAGUCAUCGAGCAUGAUUCCAGCACACGACGCAAAAGCAUACACACAGGAAGGCUAUUUGACAGCGAGAUGUUGGAAAUACCAGGGGCUUACCUCCAAGGAGGCAGCAAAACAGAUCGUCCUUGAUCUACAACAAAUAGGCCGUGGAGAAGCCACAGAGACAUGGCGACUCCGGGACUGGCUGAUUAGCCGACAACGAUACUGGGGCGCACCAAUCCCCAUCAUCCAUUGUGACAGUUGCGGUCCGGUGGCAGUCCCAAUGGAACAGCUGCCUGUUAAAUUGCCAAAGAUAGAAGGCGACUGGCUCAAGGGGAAAAAAGGGAAUCCGCUCGAGUCUGCGCAUGAGUGGCUAAAUACCGAGUGUCCCAGUUGCGGGGGGCCUGCAAAGCGUGACACCGACACCAUGGACACUUUCGUAGACUCCUCCUGGUACUAUCUGCGAUAUCUCGAUCCGAAAAAUGAAAACAAGCCAUUCUCGCCUUCUGUCGCUCGGCCGGUCGACAUUUAUAUCGGAGGUGUCGAACAUGCCAUUCUUCAUCUCCUUUACGCCCGAUUUAUCUACAAAUUCCUCUCUCAAUCCGAAUUAUUUCCUGAAGUUGCCCAGUCUAGCUCUACCUCUUCACCAGCAGAACCUUUCCGGACUUUAUUAUCCCAAGGAAUGGUCCAUGGAAAAACCUACUCUGAACCAUCCACAGGCCGCUUCUUACUCCCCUCCGAGCUGGACUUUACAAACAAAGAUAAACCGCUUAUCAAGGGGACCCAGGUCACCCCCACCAUCUCAUUUGAGAAAAUGUCGAAAAGCAAACACAACGGCGUUGACCCGACGACCUGUGUCAACAAAUACGGGGCAGAUACCACGCGUGCACAUGUUCUCUUCUCCGCGCCAGCUGGGGAAGUCCUAGAAUGGGAUGAAACCAAGAUCAUAGGCAUCGAGAGAUGGUUUGGGCGACUAUGGAAACUGCUCACUGACGCACAAGAAAUACUUUCUCACACGGAGGCUGUGCAGUUCUCAAACGAUGCUGUAAUGCAAAACGCACAUGCUUUUGAACUACCGAAUCUGAUUAAUCUGCCGGACGCCGAUGCUGAUGCGGUAUUGGCUACCCAUCAAACCAUCGUGUCCGUGUCCGACUGCCUAGAAAAUAAUCCAUACGGAUUGAACACGGUGAUAUCAGAUCUGACGAAACUGACAAACACGCUUUCGUCCUCAACGCCUAAAGACCCGAUAAUUCUAUACACAUGUCUAUCUGCUCUCCUCCGUCUGCUUUCUCCCGUCGCUCCAGCAUUUACCUCGGAGGCGUGGGAGCUUCUCCACUCUAAUAGCGCAUCAUCACCGUCUCCUGAUAAUAAGAAUGAUAUAACCUUCACAAUCGCCACUGCGUCAUGGCCAACACCUCUCCUCAGCAACACCCAAGCACAGGCUCUGUCCUUACGGGGCGGCCAGACUGUCGCCGUCCAAAUCAACGGUAAACUGCGCUUCAACGUGACAAUCCCCCACUUUAUGUCUUCGACGAGCUCGGCGACAGAUAAUCAGAAAUGGAUUGUGGACCGAAUUCUAGAGACGGAGGAAGGGAACACCUGGUUGCGAGUGAAGAAUGACUGGGAGAAGAGGAAGAGGAUUGUUAUUGUCAAGGACGGGAGGCUUGUGAAUAUUGUCUUCUGA